AAUGGAUUAAAAUAACCUCCAUACAUUGUUUUUUAUAGAUCACAUUCUUAAAACUGAGCAAGCACAAAAGAUAUAACAACUUGCUAAACAAUACAGUGCAGAGUAUGCUCACAUAAGGGACAUGUCUAAAGAGCAGGCUGACCUCUUUUUAUCAUAACUCCCAUCUUCGAGUUACGGUGAAGAGAAAGUCAAGAGGUUAUAUUUCGACGGAUGUUUUGAUCUAAUGCACUCUGGACAUUUCAACGCACUUCGUCAAGCCAAAGAAUUAUGUGAGACCUUGGUUGUUGGAGUGAUCAAAUCGGAUGCAAUAGCCAAAGCAAAAGGACCUCCAAUUAUGACUGAUGAGGAACGAUUGGCCUUAGCCAGUGCCUGCAAGUGGGUGGACGAAGUAGUUAUCUAGGAAACAUACGAUCCAACAAUAGAAUAGAUAGAUAGACAUUCUUGUUCCCACGUUGCCCAUGGAGAUGACUUAGUCCAAACUGCUGAUGGCAAAGAUGCGUAUUAACCAUUCAAGGAUGCAAAAAGAAUGAAGUAAUUUUUGAUCAUUCCAUAUUUUUUAGAAUCUUUAAAAGAACAGAAGGAAUCAGUACAACAGACAUAGUGGGCAGAAUGUUAUUGAUGACCAAAGAGGUUAUGUGGGAAGAGAAGGUAAUAUUUUGCAUUCCAUAUUUUCAGAAAGUAUUCUAAAAGUAAACUAUCGUUGAAGCAUCCAAUAUCAAUUCUCUGGAAAUAGACCAAGUUUCGAUUGAACAAACAUUAAAUAACAAAAUACUGAACACGACCAGGAGAAUCAUGCAAUUUAGUAACAACAAGAAACCCAAGUCUGGUGAUAAAAUCGUAUAUAUUGAUGGAUCAUUCGACAUUCUGCAUCAGGGCCAUGUUGAUGUUUUAAGAAAAGCCAAGGAGUUGGGAGAUUUCUUGUAUGUUGGAGUGUAUGACAAUGAGGUAGAUAUCAUAAUUCCUAUCUUCUUAGACAAUUAACAAAAUAAAAGGGAAAAACUAUCCAAUUUUAAAUCUGUAAGAGAGAGUCUUAAAUUUGUUGGCAAUUAAAUUCGUUGACGAAGUUAUUAUGGGAGUUCCAUAUAAGGUGAAUGAACAAUUAAUCAAAAAUUUCAAAAUUGAUUUGGUUGUUGAAGGUACUUGUUCUUAAAAGACCGUCGAAGAUCCUUAUGAAUUACCAAUUAAAUUAGGAAUCUAUUAAUAAAUCUAAGCAGUCAACAAGCAGACUGCUGAUGAACUUAUUGAAAGAAUCGUUAGCAACAGGUUAAGAUUCUUGGAAAAGUAUAAUUCAAGAAAGAAGAAAGAAAUCAACUUCUUCGAAAAUCAUGAUUACAAAGUAGAAGAAAUAUGAUAUAUUUAUUUACAUAACCACAAAUAAAUAGUAAUGCAUUCC